AUGUCGCUACUGAUGGCAGCCGACGCGUACGGCGGUUUCGCUGCGCAGACGCACUUGAGACCACUGGAGAGCGGCCAGCCGCUGCAGUGCGGGAGGCGCGAGCGGCGCCACCGCCAGCACCCCGCCGCCUCCGCCUCGGCGGCGACGCCGCCCCCGGCGCCGCCGCUGCUGCUGCCCGGCCCCGCGGAGCGCGAGCGCGUCGUCGAGCUGCGGCUGCACCAGGAAGCGCUGCUGGAGUGCGCGCCGCCGCCGGGCGCGCCGCUGUGGCGCCACCUGUCGCGGCCCGCCAGCGCCGGAGCGCCGGCCGGCAGCGCCGGAGGCGGCGCCGGGGGCGGGCCGCGACACGUGACGCUGGCGUCGGGCCAGCUGCGCAUCAGCAGCGCCAGGCUGGAGGACGCCGGCCUGUGGCGCUGCGAGCGCCGCGACGCGCGCACCGGCCGCCUGCUGGCCGCCUCGCCGCCGCUGCGGCUCCACGUCAUCGAGCCGCCGCACGGCGUGUUCCUGGAGGUGGACUGACGGCGCCUGGACCCGGGCAACCAGUUCCUGCCCGUGUGGGAGGGCGCCGCGCUCUCGGUGUGGUGCGUGGCGGAGGGUGGAGUGCCGGCGCCGUCGCUGACGUGGCAGGUGUCGCGCGCGGACGGCUCUCCCGCCGAGAGCGUGGCGGGCCACCAGCCGGGCGGCCGCGCGUCGCGGCGCUCCGAGCUGCGCCUGCAGGCGCUGCCGCGCGCGCUCCACGGCGCCACCGUCGCCUGCCGCGCACACCACCCCGCGCUGCAGCGGCCGCUCUCCGUCCAGCUGCUGCUCGACGUCCAGUAUACUCCGUCCUUCAUGAUCAGCCGCUACCCUGGCUUCGGCUUCCCAAUUGAGGAAGGGAUGCCGGUCUCGCUGAGGUGCGAAGUCGAGGCCAACCCUCCGUCCAGGCCCGUCUGGGUCAAAGACGACGGCCCGCCGCCUGUGGCGCAGUCUGGCGACGGCUUCCUGAACUUCAGCGCCAUCAGCCGGCAGCACAGCGGCUGGUACAAGUGCACCAGCGGCGAUGCCAGCUCGCUGGGCUACUUCCUCAACGUGCUGUACACAGAGCCGGAGGCCACAUCGGACAGCGGCAGGGGUGAGGGGGCGGACGCCGGCACGGCGCAGCCGGCGCUGCUGGAGGCGGCCCUGGGCGGCUCGGUGUCGCUGCAGUGCCCCGGCGGGGGCGGCGGGGGCGGCUGCUGGGGCGCGCACCCGGGGGCGCGCUGCCAGCCCACCGCCCGCCACGACCUCGCCAGCUGGAGGCAGCUCGCCGCCACCAGCCGCUCUCCGCCGCGGGUGGUGGUGCCGCUGUCGCUGGUGACGGCGGCGCCCGGCGAGACGGCGGCGCUGCGCGCGGAGCUGUGCGGCCCGGCGGCCGAGGCGGCGGCCGACAGGGUGCUGUGGGCGGCGGGGCGGCGCCUGCUCAGGCCCGGCGACGUCGAGGGCCGCAUCGCCGCGCUGCCGCUGCUCGAGGGCAGCUCGGAGGGCUGCCGGCGGGCGGCGCUGGAGGUGCGCGGCGUGCGUCCGCCGGACGCGGGCGAGUACUGGCUGCUGGUGCGGUCGCCGCGCGGCCUCGCCGACGCCACGCUGCGGCUCGCCGUCAGCGCCAGCGGCGCGGCGACCGCGGCCGCCACCACGGCGCUGGCGGCGCUGCAGCUCGUACACAGGCUGCUGUCGUGAGGCCAGCAGGCACCGUCCUGCCGCCUCAGCCACUGCCGCCUCAGUCGGCCUCUACAGUCUCCGCUGGUCCGGCCACCUGCUGC